GACAAAGGACAGAGGGAUGCAGAUGGUCUUGAUGUCCUAACUCAGUCACCUGACACAACUACAGAGAAUUAUGACUCACCUCCCUUGAACUAUAAGAAUGUUUUAUUAUUGAUUGAACAACUUAGUGUUGAUUGUAAAGAUCAUAUUAGCCUUUUGAAAAUUCAGGAUGCAGUUCUUAGAUUUGAACGGUCAGUAAAACUUAAAAAAGGACAUUGUACGUUACUCGCUGGAAAAGUUAAGAGUUUACAACACAAGAUUACUGGACUACAGGAAGAAUUAUCAGAAACAAGGGAAAUAAAAUCCCAGUUAGAGCAUCAAAAAGCAGAAUGGGACAGAGAACUCUGUAGCCUCAGGUUUACACUGAAGCAAGAAGAAGAAAAGCGAGUGACUGCAGAAAUGCUAUUUGAAAAAAUUAGAGAACAGUUAAGAAGAAUACAAGAACAAUAUACUAAAGAAGUGGAACUAAAACAGCAUCUUGAAUUCACUCUUAGAACCCUGGACUUUGAACUGAGAACAGUAAGAAAUAAUUUGAAACAGGUUGAAGAAGAGCGAAAUGACACUCAGAGACAACUUUCUCAGGAGCAGAGUGCCAGAGCUUUGCAAGACAGAAUUCUGAAUAAUCCUCUUUGGAAGCAAAAGGAAAUAGAAGCAGCUGCUCCCAAAAGGAUUCAGAGUUCUGAGGUUCCUGAUAGCAAUGAAAAAGAAAAAUAUCUCCUGCAUGAAAAUCAAACUCUGCAGGAUCAAGUUGCCAUGCUUAAACUGGAACUAGAUACAGUAAAAAUUAAAGAUCAGGAGAAAGAAAAUCAAUAUACAGAAGAAAAUGAAGUUUUAAAAGAAAAGAACGAAGAGCUUCAAAAGGAAUUAAAACUGAAUGAAGAUACAAUAUCCCAGUACAGUGGACAAGUAAAUGUUCUGAAAACUGAGAAUGCAAUCCUGAACUCUAAAUUGGAGAAUGAAAAACAAAACCGAGACAGAUUAGAGACAGAAAUUGAAUCAUACCAUUCCCGUCUGACUUCUGCAGUUUGUGAUCAUGAGCGAAGUCAGACAUCAAAACUGGACCUUGAACAUAGCUUUCAGCGAGAACGAGAUGACUGGCUUCAUUUACAGGACAAACUAAAUUAUGACUUGUCUAGUCUAAGAGAGAAGAAUGGUGUCCUUUCUCAAGAGCUCUCCAAAGCUGAAAGUAAAGCCAAUAGUUUAGAAAAUGAGCUAUACCGUGUACGUGAUUCCCUCAGAGAAAAGACAGUAAUUUUAGAAAGCACACAGAGAGAAUUAAACCAGGCCCAGUAUAAAGCAAAGGAACUGGAAGAGACAAAUCAAAUGAAAAUGAAAAAACUGAACAAAUAUGUCAUCAAACAAGAAUCUAUCCAAGAAAGAUUAGCUCAAAUCCAGAGUGAAAAUAUAUUGCUUCGGCAACAGCUUGAAGAUGCCCAAAACAAAGGCAUCCUUAAAGAAAAGGUAUUGAGUGAUGCCCAGGUACAGUUUAUCGAUCUUUUCAAUAAACUUUGUGCUGAUACGGAAAAACAAGUUCUUAUGGUACAAGGCAGAAAUAAAGAGUUAAUCAUUGAAUGCAAACACUUAAGAGAGCAAAUGUGUAAAUAUGAAAAUGAGAAAGCAGAAAGAGAGGGUACAGUAAGAAAGCUUCAACAAGAACUUGCUGAUUCCAAAAAAUAUCAAUCCAUGACAGAAGUUUCACUAGAGGUUACAUCACAUUUUCAAAAUUAUUUAGACGAUAUGAAAAAACGACAGAACGAAACAGAUCAGACCAAAAGUAAACUUAAUACUGAAAGGGAAAAAUUAAAGAAACUCAUUGAGUUAAAGCAAUCUCUGGAAAAUCGUAUAGAACAAGAAAUGAAGAGAAAUGAUGAAUUACAGAAAGAACUCAUUGGAUUUAAAAAACUGUUGAAAACAACAAAAAAGAAAUUAAGAGAAUAUGAAAAAGAUGUUGUUCACGAGGGGGAACAUAAGCAAACACAUUCUGAAAUGGAUAGACAAAUUAAUAGGUUGAAAAAUAAGAUUGAAGACCUUACACAACAAUUGGAAGCAGCAUCUUCAAAAUGUAAACAGUUGGAAUCAAUUAAUCAGAUAUUUCGAGGAGAGUUAAUUUCUAUGAAAAUCUUGCAAAAGAAAUGUGCCAAGUUGGAAAAGAACAAAAGACAAUUGGAAGAAGAAGCAGUUAAUCUUAAGCAUCUUUUGGAAAUUACUAAACUAGAAAGCAGUGAAAUAGAACAAUAUAAACGUGAGAUUGAAGAACAAGCAAGGCAGGAGAUUAUUGACAAAUUAAAAGAAGUCAACCUAUUCUUACAGAUACAAGCAGCAUCCCAAGAGAACUUAGAACAAUUAAGAGAAAAUAAAAAUGCUUCCCUAAGAAGUCAAAUGGAGAAACGAAUUAGAGAUUUGGAAUCCGAACUCUCCAAAAUGAAAAAGUCACAUCAACAGUCUGCUGAAGCAGAGCUAGAGAGAUACAGACAGCUUUAUUCUGAAGAAUUAAAAAUAAAAAAAUCAUCGUCAGUCAAAUUAAAUAAAUCUAAUGAGAGACUAGCUGAGGUGAGUGCCCGACUCCUGAAUAAAAAACAAAAGAAUAAAAUUUUAAUCAACAGUUCUUUAAUCAACAGUCCAGUUCUGGAGCCACCGCAUGUCAGGAAUGUUAAUACCCAUAUGUUUCUCAGGAGAAGUCAUAUUCCAAGAGGAAAUUCAUCAUUUUCUACUGGAAAUAUCAUGUCUUCAGAAAGCAGAGUGGAGGGCUACUUCACAAAG